AUGUUAAGAUUGAAUAGAAUAAACUUCAAGAGAUUUAAUUCUCAUGGAGCCCAUGGUGCUCAUGGUGCUAAACCAACUCCAUCAACUUUCACUAAUAAAUACAAUUUCAAUAUCGAUCCACCUCAAGUUCACGAAUAUUGGAACAUACGUAACACUUCAGUUGUGAUUGCAUUCAUCCCAGUCUUUUUUGGUGUAACUUAUUUAACUAAAGUUGCUUCUGAUGGUAACGAUGGAUUUGGAGGUCUUUUAGCUUUUGCCAAUGGUGAACAAUCACCAAUGAAAGAUAUCAAAUUCAGUGAACCUCAAAAAUAG